UUUCACCCACGUAACAACCAAAGACCCGACCAGCAUAAACCCUCACCUGUUAACCUUAAACCUGGUGGAACAAACGCCAAAAACCUCCUUCACCGCCGUCAACCAUGGGUUUCUUCGACCUCAACAUCCCCUACCCAGAAACCUCCACCAAAUCCGAGAAAUCCACCGUCGAAAACACCCGAACCAGACUCGCCGUGAAAGCCAUGGAGCUAGGUUACACAGGAAUAGCUUACAACCGCACAAUGAAAGGCGUAAUGUCCGAUAAGCACCGUUGCUCCAUCUCCCCACUCUCCCUCACAACUCUCCUCAACAUCGUUCCCUUUCUAUCCUCGUCGGCGAAGCUUCACCGUGAUCUUCUUGGUGUUCAGUCUUCCACCCCGUUUCGGCAGUACACGCGGCUAACGGUUUGUGUUGAGAAUCCGUUGCAGGGUAAUGCUCUUAAUGAUGGGAAUCCUAUUUUGAAAACUUAUGAUUUGGUUGCUGUUAAGCCGUUGAAUCAGACUGCUUUUGAUAUUGCGUGCGAGAGAAUGGCGGUGGAUAUUAUUUCGAUUGAUUUUUCGGCUAAGUUGCCAUUUAGGUUGAAGCAGUCUAUGGUUAAAAUGGCUACGCAGCGUGGUGUUGUUUUUGAAGUUUCGUACGCUGGUCUUAUUGCUGAUGUACAGUUAAGGAGACAGUUGAUUUCCGGUGCCAAGCUGUUGAUUGACUGGACUCGGGGACGAGACGUUGUAUUUUCAAGCGCUGCUCCUUCAGUGAAUGAACUUAGAGGGCCUUGUGAUGUUGCAAAUUUGUUGUUAUUAUUUGGGCUCUCCAAGGAGCAAGCCAAAGCAUCUAUAUCUAACAACUGUAGGGUUCUUUUAGCCAAUGCUCUAAGGAGAAAGCGAUUUCACAAAGAGGCAAUAAGAGUAGAAGUUUUAUCAUCCGACUUAGCAUCUCAAUCUAAGGAAGCUCGACAUCAAGAGUUACUAAAGUGGGACCCGCUCUCCAGCGGUGAUGGUGAUAUCUUGUUGGAUGACAUGGAAAAUUCUCGUUCAAUCUCCUCUAAAGCACCCAAGACUCCAAAAGCCAUUGACUUUGUUUCAAUACUAGACAGCCUUCCGUCUCCAGGUUAUAAAGUCCAGGAUUUCAUACCUGCAAAUGAUACUUUCUCGCUCUUCUCAACUAAUAAGGCAAACUUCGUGUCCGUUGCCGAAAAUGUAAAUCGGUCAACACAUGUACCUAACAACUCAACCAAAGAGCCCAAUAGGCCUGAUGUUUUUCCCAAGCAAGACCAAAGCUCAUCAUUGAAUGAUAUAACAAAACAUCAGAUUGUGAGAUGUGGCAAUAUUUUUGAGGAAAAUAUACACAGUGGAACUACUGAAGCUUGUCGUUCCGAAGUGAUAGAGACCGAGACAAAUGGCGCAAAGUUGGAACUACAAAAUUCUAUUAAUUCAGAUGUACAUAUGGAUGACAUGGAAAAAUCACUUAUAACCCCUUGUAAAGCGUCAACAAUAGCAAAAGCAACCGUCGACAGCUAUAAUAAUGGAAAUUUACUUCCAGUUGCUGAAAAUGUUGAUCAGUCAAAACCUAUAGUUAACAACUCAACCGAGCAGCCCGACAGGCUUGAGGUUUCUCCUGAGCAAGAUGAAAGGUCAUUGUUUGAUACUGUAAAAGCACAUCACAAUGUGGGCUGUGACGAUGUUUUUGAGAAAAAUAUACAUAACAGAACUAUUGAAGUUUUCAAUUCCAAGGCAGAGAUUGACACUCAGACAAAUGACACAAAGACAGGACUUCUAAAUUUUAUUGAUUCAUCUGUUGACUGCGCCCCAUUUGAAGCAAAAGCACGCGAUUCACAGUCAGACUUGUGCAUCUCAAGUAAUAUGUUGGAUACCGUAAAACCACACGAGAAUGAGAAACUAAUCAUAUCUUCAGAUGAUCCUAACAAUAUUGACGAGAAAUUAGAAGUGCAUGAAAAAGACAACGAAAAUAACACUGCUGUCAAUUUAAAUGCACAUUUUGCAACAGUGCACGAAAAUUUGCCAAAGGAAGAUUUUGAAACUGCAGAGAACACAGUUCUGGAUAUGAACACAUCUACUUCUGAAACAACAGUGGGGGAUGGACAAUUUAACAGACUGCAAACUGAUGCAGUUGAAGUCGGUGAGAUGCCACACCAAACACUGUCUGAUAAAAUGAAUACGGAAGAUGAUUCCACAGUUGCAAUACAUUCAUCACCAGAAGUUAUGAUGGAAGAUACAAAGUUUGAUGAAGUGAACACUGAUUCUGAUCAAUUAGCCUCUGUUCCGUCUGUUUCAGGUCGAUUGCGUGUAAAGCGAAGGACACCUCCACUGCAAAGGACACCUCCAUUUUUAUUUCCAUUGAAGCGAUUGUUGAAUACAGUGUCUUUUAAGAAGAGAUGUAAAAAGCUCAAGAGGAAAUCUAAUCCAGAAUAAGUAGUUUUUCUUUCCA